AUGGCAAAGGAACGUUUGCAGACUUACUUACGGAAGAACACAGUUUACAUGGCUCCCAACCUCGAUCGUCGACAGACUAGCUUCCCAAAUUUAAAAUAUCCUAUUUAUCGAGACGUAGACCCGAGAACUUCAUAUCAAUGGCUAAAAGGGAAAAAUAUGCUCGAUGGAGCGGAAGGUCUUUGGAGGAUUCACGAUUCUCUUUACGAUUUGACUGACCUCAUUUCAUCGCAUCCCGGUGGACCCCAAUGGAUAAAUAUUACUAAGGGUACGGAUAUAACGGAGGCGUUUGAAACACACCACCUUCACGGGGUGGCAGAAAUGUUAGUAGCGAAAUAUUUCGUCAGAAAAGCCGACACACCGAGAAAUUCUCCUUUCACGUUUAAAGAGGAUGGAUUUUACAAGACUUUGAAGGAAAAAAUUAAGAUAAAACUCAAAGAAAUGCCGAAGGACAUUAGGAAACAGAGUGAUGUUGUGAUUGACAUCAUCGUAGGCUAUAUUCUUAGUGGAGUAACAACUGCUGCACAUAACUACUUUCAUCGUGCAGAUAAUUGGAGAAUGUACCUUUUCAAUCUCAACGGCAUGUCAUUCGAAGACUGGAGAAUAUCGCAUGCUUUGUCACAUCACUUGCAUACCAACACAACCAACGAUUUGGAGCUGAGUAUGCUAGAGCCCUUCCUACAAUAUUUGCCAUCAAAGAAAAAGCCAAUAUGGGCUCAAAUGGCUGCAUUUUACUAUCCGAUAAUAUUUUCUUUUGUAGCUAUUGGCCUAUUGGUUAAAGAGAUAGUGACGGGUGCAGUAGGAAUGGAUGGUAAAAAGCUAUCGUGGGCUAACGCGAUACAAUUCUUCCUCCCGGCAUGGAUGUGGGCACUGGGUGGAUUGUCGCUACUUUGGACUCUAGUUGUGUGGAUGGCUGCCAAUAUAAUAGGAAGUUAUAUUUUUAUGAUAAAUGGCUUGACUGCCGGCCAUCACUCGCAUCGUAACUUCUUUGAUGGAGACAUACCUAGGGCAGACUACUACGAUUGGGGAAUUCAUCAACUAGAUGCACUGGAGGAGCGAGUGGAUUUCAGCCAUUUCAAUUCACUUACACGUUUCGGUGGAUCAACGAUACUCAAGAGUCGCAGGCAACCGGUGGAUGCAAAUGGCAAAGUGGCGUUC